AUGGCAUCACCCUUUCUCCUCUCCCGCACAUCCGCUGCCGUCGGCCUCGGCCUCGGUCUCUCCUUGUCUUUCUCUCCAUUAUCUCCCUUCCGCUCCGCCCCUAUCCAAUGCCAGUACGCAGCGCCCUCUCCUCAGCCCGCAGAGCCCAGCUGGGCGAUUAACCCCAAUGACCCCAUCCUCCCCAAGCAAGGCGGUACGACGGGACUGAAGAGGAAGUCGGGAUUCUUGACGCCGUCGAUGAUGCGCCAGGUGAGCUUGGGUAGUGUGUUGGGCCUUGUUGCGGGCGUGGGAUUGAGGGCUUUCUCGAGAGCAUUGGCGGUUUUGUUGGGAAUGGGGAUUGUGUUUGUUGAGUGGGCUGCUUCUAAGGGGUACAAUCUCUUGCCUAUCAACAGGAUGCAGAAGUAUGUCAAGGGUGUCGAUCUGCAAAAGGCCAUGACGGAGAACAUGCCGUUCAAGAUGACAUUCGGCACGACCAUGGCUCUCGGGGCCUUUGCGCAGUUGUAG